UGGGAAACGUUUCCGGGGAGGUCGCGUGGCGCCGCGCCAAAGGUUCCGGGGAGGUGGUGGCGUUUCCCGAACUCUUUCUCCACCAUGAACGAAAGCUGGUUGAUGCCUUUAACACCCAGAUGAGACAAGAUCCAGAUGUUGCCUCCGCAGUGGCUGCUAUUCGGGUCUUGCUGGAGUUCCUGAAGAGGGACAAAGGUGAGACCAUCCAAGGACUGAGAGCAAACCUAAAACAGGCUAUAGAAAUGCUCUCUAGUGUCGACUCCUCGGUGGCCAUCUCUUCUGGAGGAGAGCUCUUCUUGCGAUUCAUCAGUCUCACCUCUUUGGAGAACCCGGACUAUUCCAAAUGCAAAGAAAUCAUGAUUGAAAGAGGGGAGCUUUUUCUUCGGCGAAUCUCUCUUUCGAGGAAGAAAAUCGCCACUCUUUGUCACACAUUUGUGAAAGAUGGUGGAAGAAUACUGACUCAUGCUUACUCAAAAGUGGUACUUCGCGUGUUAGAAGCAGCCGCACAGGCGAAGAAACGUUUUAGUGUCUACGUCACGGAAUCACAGCCAGAUCGAGCAGGGCAGAAGAUGGCAGAAGCUCUCAUGAAACUUGGUAUUCCUGUCACCAUAAUUCUCGAUGCUGCAGUUGGGUACAUCAUGGAAAAGGUCGAUUUGGUGAUCGUGGGGGCUGAAGGAGUUGUUGAAAAUGGCGGGAUCAUCAACAAGAUUGGGACGAACCAAAUGGCUGUCUGUGCCAAAGCGCAAAACAAACCCUUCUACGUGGUUGCUGAGAGUUUCAAGUUUGUAAGACUCUUCCCUCUGAACCAGCAGGAUGUCCCAGAUAAAUUUAAGUACAAAGCAGAUACACUGAAGACGCAGAAGCCCCUCACAGUCGAGCACCCUUGGAUCGAUUAUACUUCCCCAUCUCUUAUCACGCUGCUUUUUACGGAUCUCGGGGUCCUGACCCCUUCAGCUGUGAGCGACGAACUGAUUAAACUCUAUUUGUAAACUGUCUCCACUGAAUGUGUUGAUU